CUUGCAGGCAGCUACUUCUGCUACGACAACCCGGCGGCCCUGCAGACGCAAGUGCAGGCGGACAUGAAGGUGAACACGGCCCAGUUCAUGGCUCUCUACGCCUGGUACUCCUGGCCCAACGUGGUUCUCUGCUUCUUCGGCGGCUUCCUCAUCGACCGGGUGUUUGGGAUCCGGUUGGGCACAAUAAUAUUUAGUAUCUUUGUUUGUGUUGGGCAGGUGAUUUUUGCUGUGGGAGCACUAAUUAAUGCCUUCUGGCUGAUGGAAGCAGGCAGAUUUGUGUUUGGAAUAGGUGGAGAGUCCUUAGCUGUGGCACAAAACACUUACGCAGUCAGUUGGUUUAAAGGCAAGGAAUUAAAUCUUGUAUUUGGAUUACAGCUAAGCAUGGCCAGAAUUGGAAGCACGGUGAACAUGAAUAUCAUGGGAUGGAUAUACUCCAGAGUUCAGGAUCUUCUGGGGCAUACUGGCCACAGUACUCUUGGAUUAACUCUCAUGAUAGGUGGCGCAACAUGUCUGUUUUCCCUGGCUUGUGCAUUAAUACUUGCUUAUCUGGACAAGAGAGCAGAGAAGCUGCUUUGUAAAGAGCAAGGGAAAACUGGUGAAGUGAUCAAGCUCACGGAUGUGAAGGACUUCUCUUUAUCUUUGUGGCUUAUAUUUGUAAUCUGUGUCUGUUACUACGCAGCUGUUUUUCCUUUCAUUGGACUUGGAAAGGUUUUCUUCAUCGAGAAAUUCAAAUUCUCAUCUCAAGAAGCAAGUGCAAUUAACAGUAUAGUUUAUAUCAUAUCGGCACCCUUGUCCCCUGUUUUUGGACUCCUGGUAGAUAAAGUUGGAAAGAAUAUCAUCUGGGUUUUAUGUGCUGUAAUAACUACACUCGCUUCUCACAUCAUGUUGGCUUUUACCUUCUGGAACCCCUGGGUAGCAAUGUGUUUACUGGGAGUGGCUUACUCUCUGCUGGCCUGUGCCCUGUGGCCCAUGGUGGCCUUUGUAGUUCCAGAACAUCAGCUGGGAACUGCUUAUGGCUUCAUGCAGUCUAUCCAGAAUCUGGGUCUGGCAAUCAUUGCCAUAGCAGCUGGCAUGAUACUGGACACAAGAGGAUAUCUGUUUCUUGAAGUGUUCUUCAGUGCUUGUGUCUGCUUGUCGCUAAUAGCUGUAGUGAUGCUGUAUUUUGUGAAUCAUCUCAUAGGAGGUGAUCUUAACUGGUCUGCAAAGAAAAGGGAAAAAAUGCAAAAAGUAACUGCAACUGAAAAAGAAAGUUGAAUAGCAAAUAUCAUCCAGAAGUGGGGAGCAUUUGAUCAGCAACAAGUCAACCUGAAGAAAUAUGAUGUUUUUUAGUUUGGUGGUUAGUUGUGGACAGUAGUUUUUUGGAAAGGAGACUAACACGCUGAGGAUUUUACAGUAAAUGGUUAAAUUUCAUGCUUUGUAACCGGUUUUAAUUAAUGCCAGAUCUGUUUUUCUUAAUAUUUGCACAAAAUUGGUU